UUUUUUUUUUUUUUUUUUUUUUAUAGUUUUCCUGUUCUAAAUACAUACACAUAGGCUUCUUUUUUAAAAUAAAUAAGAAAUUAUGUUGGUGACUGAAACGUUUCACGGAUACAUAGAAACGACACAAGAUGUCUUGUUGAUUUUCGAAGGGUGUCGACGAGGACUUCUUCCACGAAUUUGUCGCCGUCUUCAAGAACGAGAACGUAAAAUGAUUCGGUCGGGUUCGAUUUUCGUAUUCGACGAAAGAGAGUCAGGAAUUAAGCGGUGGACGGAUGGGCGUGUUUGGAGUCCCUCUCGCAUAUUAGGCAAUUUUCUUAUUUAUCGUGAACUUGAUAAAAAGAGUAACAAUGAGAAAAAAAUGUUGACAAACGAAACCAAGAGAAGUUUCAGUAUAGACAGUUCAGUGUCUAUGGAUCGAAAUAAGGAACGUCAAUUAGUGGGCAGUCUGUCUGAUUCUUACCGAUUUAAAGAAGAUGGGCUUAUCAAAAAGACCAUGUCUAUCAUUGUCAAUGGUGUGGCUCAACACUUGAUUUCUUAUUACGACCCCAAUGAAGUCAUCCAAGAGAAAUUGCGUGCUCCUUCAUCCGUGCCUGAAUUAGCUAGUCUCGAAAUUUCGCCUGAAUUACUUGUCAAACAAAACUUUAGAAUUCCUCCUCUGGUCGAAACAACCUUUGAAUCAAAUAAUCAUCAUGAUCAAAAUAGAUUAAUGCAUCCUCUUCGCAGCAUGUCCGUCGGUUCGAUUCAUCGUGGCCAGCAAGAUAUCAUGCAACAAAUGUAUCAUUCUCCCUAUAACAACAACAACAACAAUAAUAAUACUAAUAAUUCCAGUAAUAAUAAUAUACCAUACUCCAACUCGGGUACAAAUUUCCCUUCGCCUUCCACCUCCCCCAGUACUCCCAUGUUAUCACCCGCACGCCAAUCCUAUCAACAGCAACACGCUAGACAUUAUUCAACCUCCUCUAUCUCUUCCAACUCUUUACCUCGCUUUGAUCCUCGCAACUAUUCAGACUCGGCUACCCCUAAUAGCAACCAACCUCCCAACCUGGGUCAACUCUUGAACCCUAUUCAUCCUCUGAAUAGUAACGGCUCCAAUGAUAUAUUACAGUCUAUCGGCAUGUCUUCUCAGUAUGAUUAUACCACCCCUUCUUCCAACCUGCGCAACUCCAUUACGAGCCAACAUGAGGAAGCCCCUACGGUAGAGCAUCCACAUCCACAUGUGUCCACGGGUGGCAACGGCAACAAUGGUAACGGUGGAAACAAUGGAAACAAUGGUAACGGUGGAAACGGUGGUGGCAGUAGCAGCAGCGGUGGCGGUGGUGGUGGAGGAGGAGGAGGAAGUGGUAUGUCUGAUUAUAUGCAUUUCUAUCAACGUCAACCUUUAGGCCAUCAUGUCAAUAAUAACAUGUUUCAAACCGAUGAUCAACUUGCCUAUCUUAACCAUGAUUUAGGUCCAGAUCAACACUGUUUAAAUAAUACCAUGGAGCAUUUAAUGAAGUAAAUUUUUUUUUUCUUUCACUCUAUUUUUUUUUUUCAUGUCAUGUAUUUUUUUUUUUUUUUUUUUUUUGUGCAAUAAUAAAAAAAAAAACUGAG